UAUUGUUCCUCGCAGGCCGCCAUUCCAUUUUGCCGCGUUCUUUCGCGGUCGAGUUAGUUCGAAUGAAAGUUUGAAUAUUUCCGUGUGCAUUCGUCAAGAAUCCAACGAAAAUGUUUCCGCAAAGCUCUCAAAAGAAGUACUGGAUGUUUUGCGAUGAAAAUGACUUGACAACACUACGCGAGAGAACAAAUACUGAGUUUAUUGAGAGGCAUGGGGCGAACAUGAUGGCGGAAGAAAGAGAAGAACAUUUUCUAUCGUCUACUGAGGAACGUACCCUGGUUCGGUUCUAUGAGUUGCAAUUGAGGGACUUCUGUCGACGGUUCAGUCCACCAAUGCCAAGGGCAACCAUAGCAACCGCAUUGCAUUAUUUCAAAAGAUUCUACCUGAGAAACAGUGUUAUGGAUUAUCAUCCGAAAGAGAUUCUAGUCACAUGUGUUUAUUUGGCUUGUAAAGUAGAAGAAUUUAAUGUUUCGAUAUAUCAGUUUGUUGCUAACAUUAAGGGUGACAGAGAGAAGGCUAACAAUAUUAUACUUAAUAAUGAAUUGCUUCUUAUGCAACAAUUGAAUUACAACUUAACGGUACACAAUCCAUUCAGACCUGUGGAGGGAUUGAUGAUCGAUAUCAAGACAAGGUACACAUCCUUGGAAAACCCAGAAAGGCUAAGGCCAUACAUCGAUGAGUUUCUGGAAAGGGUAUUUUUGACCGAUAGUGUGUUGCUCUAUGCUCCGACCCAAGUUGCAUUAGCAGCCACACUGCAUGCAGCAUCCAGAGCAUCUGCAAGCCUGGAUAAUUAUGUGACUGAUAUUCUAUUUUCCAAGGAACACUUGGGAUGCAUAAUUGAAGCAGUAAGAAAAAUAAGGUCUAUGGCUAAAUGCGUAGAACCUCCUUCAAGGGAUGUAAUAAGGGCUUUGGAAAAAAAAUUGGAGAAAUGUAGAAAUCAGGAAAAUAAUCCUGACAGUGAUAUCUAUAAACAAAGGAUGCAAGAAAUGUUGGACGAAGAGGACCUACAGGACAAUGAAAAGUAUGCCAAAAUAAUCCAGGAUCAAGCAGCCCACGACGAGAAGACCUUAGGAGUCAGCAAAGUACUGUCUCCUUCAGCUUUGUAGUAAAUACACCCUGUGUUUCAUACAAGAAAAUAUUGUAACAAACUUUAUUGAUAUAAUUUUUAUAUCCAAUCUCAAUGUACAGUUAAUAAAUAAUUUAUUAGUUCGUUUCCUAUGUUUGUAUACAAGAAAGAAAGUACGGCACUAUUUAUUGUUACGAUUUCUCGGAGAUAAAAAUAUGUUUGUUCGGUUUUUCCUGUAAAAACGGAGAGACUGCGAUUGAAAAAAGAAACUAUAUACUGUGUAUACCGUGUCUCCUUACAAUAAAUGCGAGUACAAAAAAAUUU